ACACACACGUACACAUUUAGUUCUCAAUUGAAGAAUCCUCCUUGCAAGCAGGAAUCAUGCAGUUUGGUGGGCCAGAGGCUAUCAUUGGGUCUUUAUAGCCUUCUUGUGAUCAGUGCUUUCUAUCCGUCCUAAAGAUGACUCGUCAGGGACACGUCUGUAACAUCCAUCUUGCUUGGAGUAUCUAUUCUCUGCCUCUGCGGUCCGACGGGGAAUUUAUCUUCAUCCCUUCCCUCUGCUAUGCUCAGAAAAUUAGGGAAGAAUAUUAGUGGAAUAUUACUCGGGAGCCAAGUUGACUGACGCAUACGAAAUUAUCUUGUUGGAUUUAUUCCUCUAAGCCACGUAUCCUCCUGUGCGACUUUUAAAUCAUGCAUCUAAACCGGGUUAGAAGAAUACAGCUCUUCCAGUGCGACUGUCCUGCUUUUUGAGAAGGCCGGGGAGGAGAAAGGGAACUUGAAGAGAGGAGCUCUACAAUUUUUGAUGAUGGCAAGGCAUGGCAAGGACAUGGAAGGAGAGAUUCAUCGAUCGAUUUUAGCUGUGGCAGGGGUUGAGUUCCUCCUCUCUGGUGAAGAAAGGGUGCCGCUGUCGUGCAUCGAAGGAAAGAGCAUCUGCUUCUUCUUUUCAGCAAACUGGUGCCGGCCCUGCCGGAACUUCAGCCCUCACCUGGUCCAGCUCUACACCACCCUCAAGACCCAGGGAGAGAAGCUUGAGAUCGUCUUCGUUUCCUUGGACCGCGACGAGAACAGCUUCUUGGACCACUUCAAGCAUAUGCCAUGGCUCGCCGUGCCCUUCGACAUCAACAUAAGGAAACGGUUAUCCCGUCGCUUGCUCAUUGAACACAUCCCAUCGUUGAUUCCAUUGGCCUCCGACGGAAGGACCGUGAAAGAGGAUGCAGUUCAGCUGGUCGAGGACUUUGGGCCCGACGCUUUCCCCUUUGGUGCUGAGAGAAGAAAAGAGCUGGAAGCCAUGGAUGAGGCUAAGCGCCACGGUGGAAAAUUAGAAGAGCUCCUGGGGUGUGGAGGAAGAGAUUAUGUCAUCUCAGGAGAUGGCGCAAAGAUUCUCAUAGCUGAUCUUGUGGGGAAAACAAUCGGCCUCUACUUUGGAGCACGGUGGUGCCCGCCGUGCCGCGCGUUUACAUCGAUGCUCGCAGAGGCGUACAACGAGCUCAGAGAUGCGAGAAAGGAGAGCUUCCAAAUUAUUUAUAUCUCCACCGACAGGGACGAAGAUGAAUUCCAAGCAAGCCUGGAGGAGAUGGCGUGGUUGGCGAUACCUUAUGCGGACAAGACCAGAUACGACCUCAGCAGGAUCUUCGACGUGAAGGGCAUCCCUAGGCUUGUCCUCCUCGGAGAUGACGGGAAGGCCCUCGAAGCCGAUGGGCGGGCCAUGAUCUCGUCCUACGGUGCCAAGGCCUUUCCCUUCACCGAGUCGAGGGCCGCCGAGGUGGAGGCGGCCCUGAGGAAAGAAGGAGAAGGGCUGCCUGGCCGAGUCAAGGACCCCAGGCAUGAACACAUGCUGAAGCUGGAUGUGGCAAAAGCUUAUGUUUGCGAUGCAUGCAGACGUCGGGGGAGACACUGGGCCUUCUCGUGCGAUCGUUGCAACUUCGAUCUCCACCCAGCUUGCGUGGAACAAAUCGAGCAAUAAAUCAUGUCCAUGUGUCUGAAAGUAACAAUGGCAAAGAUUAAUCACACACAUAUAUAUAUAUAUACAUAUAUCAUAAUAGACAAUAAUAGGACAGGUUAAUUAUCG